UUUGCCGCGGCUUGAUUUUGUUACCAGUUCAGCGAUGCAUUGCGCGUACACCUUGUGCUGUUCUGACAAAUGCAUCAAUGAAUGAGGUUUUCGCGAAAUUGUCACAAUGCAGAAAUGAUACGCUGAUUUGUGGAUCAUAAUUCAUAAUUGUGACAGAUCUGAAAAUCUGAUCUCUGCGAUAACAAUGGCUAACAACAAGUCUGUGUAUUGCAACGGAAGACGGUCUGCGCCGUCCGAUGCUGAUCAGGACAUGGAACUUGACAGCAGACCAACAAAGAAUGAUCUGAUCUGUGAUGGUGAUGGGCCAUCCAUGGAAGUGAUGGUCGAUGAAGACCAGACUGCUGUUGUGCGUACAAAUGGUGUUGCUGCAGAGAGAAACGCCAUGGACACGGAAGAUGCAGUGCCAGAUGGCAUUGCUGAUCCCUUUGCCUUUGUGGAGGCAGCCAUGACCAACAGCGAUUUCGUGGAUUUGGCUGCUGUGGCCGCCGCUCAAGAAGAGCCCACGGAAGUCGUGACGGACGAGCUCCUGCUGUCGAAGAACCAGCUAACACCGGAGGAGUACGAUGCGUAUGCUGCUCCGAAUCUGAAAGGCGCCUAUUUCCGUGCAACAGGCGUGGUACGGCAGCAACUGGAGUCGUACAGUAAAUUCAUCGAAAACGGCAUCCAGAAGGUGAUCGAUGACACCAAACCCAUUGAAAUUGUCCAGGAGGUUACUCACAAGAAGGGCGUCGCGGAACAACCGGCUGUGUAUACGUACACAUUCAAGCAAGUUUUCAUUCACCCUCGCCCGGUUUUCUGGGACAUCAACAAUGACAAAAGAAUGAUGACACCCAGCGAAUGCAGACUAAGAAAUAUGACCUAUGCCAGCCCACUCUACGUUGACAUCGAGGAGACUAUAUACGAUCCCUCAAGCAAGCCCGAGAGAACUCGGAUAAAACACGAGAAAUGUUUUCUCGGCAAGGUUCCCAUGAUGGUGGGCUCGGGAUACUGUAUGCUAGCCGGACUUUUAGAUAAAGAAAUGGCGAUCAUGGGCGAGUGCGCGAUGGAUCCCGGUGGAUAUUUCAUAAUUGAUGGCUCUGAAAAAGUUAUUAUUGCCCAGGAGAGACUGGCGUCGAAUGAAAUCCGCGUUUGCAGAUCUCGGGAAGCGAAGUAUAACUGGAUCGCCGAAAUUAGAUCCAUAGCAAAAAACUCGACCAAAGCGCCGAAUAUAUUGCAGCUGAAAAUGCAUAAGCGAAAUAAGGAGAUUUUGGGCAUGACAACAUUGGGACACCCUAUCGUAGCCGUCCUGCCGUUUGUCAGGCAACCAAUUCCCGUGGUGAUCCUGUUUCGCGCGUUAGGCUGUGAAUCCGUGAAAGACAUCCUGGAGCACAUUGUGUGUGAAAACUUAGAAGACUUGGUUAGACUUUCCGAGAAAAGAAAUGUGAAGAUUUCCGAGAAAACCAAAUUGGUGAUGGACUGGAUGGAGGCAUCCAUAACGGACAGUCUAGCGAUCGAAACUCAGGAUCUGGCACUGAAUUUUAUCGGUAACCGUGCCACCCAGCCAGGUGUGCAUCGAGAGGAACGGAUGAGAUUUGCUGAGGAUCUCUUGAACACUUAUUUUCUGCCGCACAUGGGAACCAGAGCUGAAAAUGCCAAGGUCAAGGCUUAUUUUCUCGGCCACAUGAUCAUGCGUCUGCUGGACACAGCUUUGAGUACUCGCGAUGUGGACGACCGGGAUCAUUAUGCCAAUAAACGUUUGGAUUUAGCUGGUCCCUUGAUGACUGCUCAGUUUCGGCAGUGUUUUCUGAAAAUGUGUGCUGAACUUCGAAAGAAAAUGCAGCCAUACGUGAACAAACGGAAGAAAGUCGCCAUCCCCGUUCUCAUCAAAAGCUCUGUAAUUACGGAUGGAAUGCGGUAUUUUCUCUCAACCGGAAACGGUCUUGCGAACAUGACAGGACGUGUUGGAGUGGCGCAAGUGCUAAAUCGGCUGACGUAUUGUGCUACGCUAUCGCAUUUACGACGGGUGAACACACCGAUGACCCACGAAACCCGUCUAGCCGCACCGCGCUUAUUGCACAACACGCAAUGGGGUAUUGUGUGUCCAUCGGAGACGCCGGAAGGACAAGCGUGUGGAUUGGUGAAGAACUUGGCGUUGAUGGCCUUUAUAACUCCUGGUUCCUCCGAUGCAGAUUCCCAGAUUGCAGAGUUAUUGGAACAGUGGCCCUUUGAUCCAUUAUUCAGCAUCAGUCCUUCAGAAAUUUUGUCUGGGACCAAGGUGUUUUUGAAUGGAACCUGGCUGGGGAUUCAUCGUAAUCCCACUGCGUUCGUAACUCAUGUCAGAUCACUCCGGCGUAGAGGAGUCAUUCACAAAGAAGUGUCAAUUCUGCAAGAUUUCGCAAAUCGCGAAAUUUGCAUCUAUACGGACGCCGGCCGAGCGGCUCGGCCUUUGUUGGUUGUUGACGAGGAAAAACAAGCGCUGAGAUUUACGAAGACCGAGUUGAUGCUUUUGACGAACAAGGAUCUGUACAUGAACGAACCGUUUGGGUGGAAUGAAUUACUUUCGGAGGGGUUUGUGGAAUACAUUGACGUUCACGAGGAGGAGUACAUCAUGUGUGCCAUGCAUCCACGGGAUUUCUCUCGCAACCGGGGAUACUGUCAUACGUACACCCACUGUGAAAUCCAUCCUUCCAUGAUCCUGGGUGUCUGUGCCUCGAUCAUCCCUUACCCAGAUCACAAUCAGUCACCGCGUAAUACCUACCAGUCGGCCAUGUCCAAGCAGGCUCUGGGUGUCUACGCAACCAAUUUCAACACCCGCAUGGACAGUGAAGCGCAAAUAUUGCAUUAUCCCCAGCGACCGCUCGUUGAAACAGCUUCCAUGUCACAUUUACGUUUCCGCGACAUGCCAGCCGGGAUCAACUGUAUUGUCGCCAUUGCCAGCUACACGGGCUACAACCAGGAAGAUUCCGUGAUUUUGAAUGCCGCCGCGGUCCAACGGGGGAUGUUUCGGCACACCCUGUACACGUCGUAUCAGGCCAAGGAGGGCAUGUCGACGUACCGGAAGAACAUGGAAGAAAUUGAAGUGCCUGAUCCGGAUGAAUGCGACGGAAUGCGGCCGGUUAUGUACGAAAAACUGGACGAUGAUGGCAUUAUCGAGCCGGGAGUGCGGGUGUCGGCAAGUGAUGCGAUUAUUGGAAAAACCACAACCACCGGAUCGCGAGCUAGGCCUUUGUCGGAUGAAGAGGUAAAUCCGGAAAUGUCAACAGAGAAGCCCAAGAAGGACACCAGCGUCCUGCUUCGCUCAUCGGAAACGGGUAUUGUUGACCAGGUGAUGGUGAGCAUGAAUGUGGAAGGGAACAAAUUCUGCAAAGUACGGGUCCGCUCUGUGAGGACGCCGGUAAUGGGAGACAAAUUCGCCAGCCGCCACGGACAAAAGGGAACUGUUGGUAUCAUAUAUCCAACCGAGGAUAUGCCUUUCACGUCGGAAGGUGUAACACCGGACAUUAUCAUCAAUCCGCACGCUAUUCCGUCCCGUAUGACCAUUGGUCAUCUUCUGGAAUGUCUCCAGGGCAAAGCUUCCGCAGUUCAAGGGAUCUACGGUGUCGGUACCCCAUUCGAGUCUCCCGAAGUGAAAGAAAUAGCUGCAAUCCUGAAAGACAAGCAAUAUAAUCAGUAUGGCAAUGAAGUGAUGUAUAAUGGAUUUUCCGGCAUGAAACUCACCUCACAAGUGUAUAUUGGACCAACGUUUUAUCAGCGCUUGAAGCAUUUGGUGGAAAAUAAGAUGUACGCCCGUGCACGUGGAGCCGUGACCGUGCUGUGUAGACAACCACAGGAAGGAAGGGCGAGAGGCGGUGGGUUACGUUUUGGUGAAAUGGAACGGGAUUGUUUGAUAAGCCAUGGCGCGGCUCUGAAUCUGCGGGAACGAUUGUUCGAAGUGUCGGAUCCGUAUCGUGUGCAUGUGUGUGAUAAGUGUGGAUUGAUUGCUGUGGCUAAUCUGACCAACAGAACCUUCGAAUGCCGACGCUGCGUUCGAAAGGUUGAUGUUUCGCAGAUCACGAUUCCGUAUGCCUGCAAACUGCUCUUCCAGGAACUGAUGUGUAUGGGAAUCUCACCGCGCAUUCUGUUUUAGCUAGUGUCGACUGUGAGCUCUUGUUGUUUUAUGGAGAGUCCGGCGCGAAAGGCCUUGUUCGCGCUAUGUUGAUGUUUUAUGAGGUUUUUGUACAGGGUUUUUAACUGUUGUGAUGGGUGUAAAUUCCAUUGUCUUUAGACUGCUUUAUUGAUCAGGAAUUCCUAUUCACCGGGCUGAUUUGAUUGAAUGGAACCGGGUCUUCAAUUUUGAGAAAGUUGACUAUGAAAAGUUUAAUACAGGAACCAGUUACUGUAAAACAAAGCUGCUGCGCAGUUACGAAUUUGCGGUCGCGCAACUUGUUCGAAAUCACG